AUGUCGGCUACCGCGCGGGCGGCGACCCUGCGAUCCCAAGUGCUGAAUCUGAAAACAUAUGGUAGCACGGUCGCUCUUCAGCAGUCGCUGAUCCGUUCGACCUCUCAUACGACGUUGCUAGCCGCGAGGUCUUCCCUUCUCGUCAAACACGAAUGUCCUGUAUCCUCAAUCUUCUCCCCGUACGCUGCUCUUCCACUCACUAGAUCGUUCCACGCCGGCACUGCUCGCUGGCAGCAGCAGCAACAACAACAACAGCAACAAAAAGAAACCAAGCCCAACGACGCAAACAAGGACAAGGACAAGAAAGAAGAAUCGAAAGGUGAGGAGAAGGAAGAGAAGGAGGGAGAUAAAGAGGAAGCCCCACAACCACCUCAUGGAGAUAAGACGCCUUGGCAGGUGUUCCGCGACACUCUCCAGUCGGAGUUCAAAGCCUCCAAGGAAUGGAACGAAUCGACAAAGGCUCUUGCCUCCUCAGCACACCAGUUCACCGAGAACGAGAAUAUCAAACGUGCUCGCGCCGCUUACGAGGCUGCCUCAGGAGCUGCCUCUAGCCACACCUCAUCCGCAUUCAAGACUACAGGUCAGGCCAUUGGUAAGAGUGCUGCGUGGACAUGGAACACGCCUGUUGUGAAAGGCAUUCGAAAGGGCGUGAAUGCAACUGGUUCGGGAAUAGAGAAGGCGACACGGCCUGUGCGGGAGACCGAGGCUUACAAGAGCGUGAAGGAUGCCAUAGACGAUGGCAGUAGCUCUCGCUAUGGCGGCUGGAUCGAAAAGGAGGAGCGUCGCAAGCAGCGGAAAUUGCGUGAGGAGAUGGAAGCUAAGACCGGCCGCAAAACUGAGCCAAUGGUGGAGGAUCCGAACGCGGGUACCAACGUCACCCUUCACAAGGACUCGGCUUGGAAAGAGUCGUGGCGCGAUUUCAAGGAUUCGAACCCUAUGAUGCAGAAGCUUUUCACGUUAAAGGAAACCUAUAACGAAUCCGAGAAUCCUCUUAUUAGUACCGCGCGCAGCAUUUCGGACCGUGUGGCAGGAUUCUUUGCCGAGAAUGAGACCGCCCAGGUGAUCAAGAAAUUCCGGGAGAUGGAUCCGAACUUCCAGAUGGAAGCUUUCCUGCGUGAGAUGCGCGAGUACAUCCUCCCAGAAGUGCUCGAUGCCUACGUCAAGGGGGAUGCCGAAACUCUUAAGCUUUGGCUUUCCGACGCACAGUACCAUGUCUAUGCUGCUCUUGCACAACAGUACACCACUGCCGGACUCAAAUCGGAUGGUCGCAUCCUGGACAUUCGCGGUGUUGACGUCUCCCACGCUCGCAUGCUGGACCCUGGCGAGAUCCCUGUAUUUGUAGUCACUUGCCGCACCCAGGAGGUCCAUGUCUACCGGAACACGAAGACGGGCGAGCUUGCGGCCGGCAUGGAAGAUAAGGUCCAGCUAGUGACAUACGCCAUCGGUCUGACUAGGAUCCCCGAUGAUGUCAACAAUCCGGAAACCCGAGGAUGGAGAUUGAUCGAGCUGCAGAAGGCUGCUCGUGACUACAUCUAA